UAUGAUGUGCGGUUUCGUUAUCGUUACCAAAGUUGUGGAUGUCGAUUGUAAAAGCCGAACUCCAAAAUUGUCAUGUUUUGAGAUUUACUUUUUACUGAAUAUUGAAUUGUUUGUCCCGCAGAUUAAUUGUGGUGCGUUCGAUUAUUAAUCAACGUUUACCGUUAUCUUACAACAUCAGAGUAAGAUUUUCGUCUGUACAUAAUUAAUUAGUUUAUAGAAAUUGUGGAAAAAUGUUGGACACACGUCCAAAUCAUACUAUAUAUAUAAACAAUUUAAACGAAAAAAUAAAAAAAGAUGACUUAAAGAAAUCUUUGUACGCAAUAUUUUCACAAUUUGGACAAAUACUUGAUAUUGUUGCAAUGAAAGGUAUUAAAAUGAAUGGACAAGCUUUUGUUAUAUUCAAAGAUAUAACUAGUUCUACAAAUGCAUUACGUGCAAUGCAAGGAUUUCCAUUUUAUGAUAAGCCUAUGCGUAUACAAUUUGCUAAAUCAGAAUCAGAUAUAAUUGCAAAAAUGAAAGGUACUUUUGUUGAGCGCCAGAAAAAACCUAAGAAGCCAAAGGAUGAUGAAGAAGCAAAAAAGAGACGUAAAGCAGCUAAAGAACAGGCUCGUGCUUUGGCACAACAAAAUAACCCAGGAGGUGUAUCUGGUGGUAAUGUACCUGAACAGCCACCUAACCAGAUUCUUUUCUUGACCAACCUUCCUGACGAAACGACUGAGAUGAUGUUAUCCAUGCUUUUCAACCAGUUCCCUGGAUUCAAAGAAGUACGACUUGUACCAAACAGACACGACAUUGCUUUUGUUGAAUUUGAAAAUGAACACCAAUCAAAUACUGCCAAGCUAUCAUUAAACGGUUUCAAGAUUACACCUACUCAUGCAAUGAAAAUUACAUUUGCCAAAAAGUAAAAUUGUUCAUGAUAAAUGCACUGAUCAUUUGUGAAAUAACAUAACUACAUAACAUAUAUAUUAUUAUAUUUGUAUAAGUAUUCAAGAUUACAAUAAAAAAAAAAAAUUAAAUAUUUCAAAUUAUACUAA